CCAAUGUAUAAUAUACGUAUGGUGGAUAUACGUUGAAAAUCUACACAUUUACUUAACUUGCCGUGUGGUUCCCGGGUGCCGUGUGGUUCCCGGCACCAAUAAAAAAAAGAAUAGGACCACUCCAUCUCGUUCUCAUGGAUGUCGUAAAAGGCGACUAAGGGAUAGGCUUAUAAACUUGGGAUUCUUCUUUUAGGCGAUGGGCUUUUGUCACUAUUUGAAUCUCAAUUCUAUCAUUAAGCCAAACAGCUGAACGUGGUUUAUCAGUCUUUUUCAAGACUGUUGGCUCUGUCUACCCCGUAAGGUAUAAAGACGUGAUCAUAUGUAUGUAUGUAUGUUUACUUAACUAAACGGUCGAGCAGAUUAUAAAAUAACAUGAAAUAAGAUAACAAAACUAGGAUACAUACAAGGUAUAAUUUAAUGACUGAAGUAAACAAUGAAGUAGGUCUGUAACUUUAAACUAAAGGAAUUGAGUAUUUUCUUGUUUAUUAGAUAUAAGGAGUGACGGGUAAGACAUCGAUUCAGUAUCGGUAAUAAAUCCUGUAGGGCCAGUGAGCAAUUCAGCAAGACGAGAAAUGUUAAACUGAUUAAACUUGAAAGUAAAAUGCUUCACAGAAUCUGUAAAGACAGGUACCAGUUUAGAGUAGCAAGAAAAAUAGCCAAGCCAAACUUGCGGUACAGCAUUCUUCAUAAGGCAGUAGUACUUGCUUUGCUGUAUAGAAGUGAGAAUCUUGAAUCAGUUCGAAAGUAAACUCGUGGUUGCUCGGACGCUCUUUGCGGCAAACGAGGCGUACGCGCUUACGGAACACGGUGGAAUUCUAAAUUUAAAUUUUAAAAUUUACCUUUGUUUAUAAAACUUUCUAAGUGGCCAGUGUUGUGCACAGAUAUUGGAAUUGUUUUGGAUUUUACAUCCGAUUUGGAUGCGUUCGGUUCUGUAAAUUUGGAUUGUUGAUUGUUAACCAGAAUAAUGGUCAACCAGUAAAGCGAUGGAUCCGCUAACGUGGUUGUCUCUCGGGCUGCAGCUCGCUGCUCUGUGUUCCAUCGUGGGAGCUCUGCUGCUGUAUUUGUUGAGGAAAGUCAGGGUAGCUGAGGUGCUGCCCGUGGAUAGCGCUAAAACUGUGCUGGUUACAUCUGUGGAUACUGCCCUGGGCUUGCAGAUAGCAACAUACCUCAGCGGUCGUGGUUGGCGGGUGAUCGCGGGCUGUAGACAAGGCGGCCUAGGGGCGCGCCUCGCUGAGUCCUGGCUUCAAGCCCAUGUAGCCUCUACACCUGAGGACCAGCCCCCACCACGCCUGGUGACCUUGGAGCUCGACGUGGCCAGAGAAGACUUGCUGGAGGAAGCCGCCAGGGCGACAGCGCAGCAUUUGCCCGCUGGGGAACAUGGUAUUUGGGCAGUAAUAAACACGGCAGGCAGCAGUGGACGAGGCGGGGCGCCAUGUUGGGAAAGCGCGUUGCGCGGCAAUGUUCUCGGGGCGUUGCGCGUAGCAAGAACGUUCUCACCGUUGCUCGCCGCCGCCGCCGCUGACCACCCCAACGCUGGCCGACUCUUCUAUAUUGGAUUAACAUCAGACACAGCCUGCGACAGCCUGUCCAGGCUUGACACCGGCGAGUCCGGAGAAAUGAGCGCGGGCGCCGCCGCUGUGCGCUGGGGCACGUGGGGCGCCGCGCGCGCACUGAGGUCGGGCCUGCGCGCGCGCAGACUGCACGUCGUGUUGCUGCAUGCGCCGGAUUUGUCGGCUUCAGAGAUCUACGCCCCUCCCUUGCAGCUUGUAGCGCCUAGCCAGCCUUCGAGCCGCCCAGAAACGCCCAGUUCGGACGUUAGUGCGACCACCGCGUCCUGCGCAGUCACGAUGCCCGGAGAAGCCGCCGAGUACAGCGCCAAGGUGCUCCCCACCAGCGCCCUGAAGGUCCUAGAGGACGCCCUGACUACCCCCGCGCCCAGGGACUCGUACUACUUAAAGAUGAAACAAGACACAUGGUUCACUAGAAUGCCGUCUCUGAGAGUGGCGUGAAUUUUAUGACUACUUAUCAUCUCACAUUCAUUGGAGGCAAAGGGCGGGCGCGGUCUUUUCAAUUUACAUGAGUUGUGUUAUAAGUACUGAAGGUUAUUGUAACAAAUGAAUAUUUAUUUUGGUUGUUAUCUAGUUGUUUAUAUAAAUUUGUUCCCAGAUGAGGGACCUAUCACCACUACAUACCUAUUAGAAAUGGGAGAAAUGUGGAAUAUCUUAAAUGAAAAACGAAAUUUGCAUAAGGUUAAAAAACAGAUUAGUUAGUACUGUAAAUAGAAAAAUACAUAUCAUCAUGGAAAUAACACACAUAUGUACCUAUCUAUGAAUAUUUACUUACUUUGACAUAUUAUUUCUCUUGUACGACCUCGCGCCCGCCACCCGCCUUUCAGUAAGAAAGGGACCUUUUGGUUGUCAAAUUGCUGGAUGAAAAGUUGUUUAACAAUUCCUAAUUAUAAUGAUAGACUAAGGUUAUAAUGCAUACAACGAAGACUUAUUAUGCUACUAACAUCUCAAGUUUUUUAUUCAUAUAUUUUGAUUUUAACGUUUUAUUGACCUUGAAUGAGUUUUAUUCUUGUCUUUUGUAAUACACAUCAUUUAUGUAUGUACUUAUUAUAUUAUUAUAAUAAUUACAGCUUUGUAAUCUCCUAGAGAUUUAAUUGCUUUUUGUUUAGUUUUUUUUGUGCAAUCCAAGCAGUACAUGUUUGUAUGUUGGUUUAUAUUGUCGAUGUUGUAUUGUUUACCUUAUUUUGCUGUAUUUUACAGAAGAUUGUUAAUUACUUAAUGUAUUAUUUAUCGACCUACUUAUCCCUUUAUCGCGGGCACGGGAAAGUGGAUGUAUUGUGCCAAAUUUUAGGGUACCAAAAGUACCUUUUCGACAUAUUUACGAUGGUGAUGGAUAUUUUAUUUCCUGUCACAAUUUUUCUCGAAUAUGAUAGAAGAUGUAGGUAUUAUGUAAUGGAAAUGCUUUUUUUUGAGAAUUUUUAAUGUAAAUAUCCGAUGGCUUUAUACUAGUAGCACAUCACAUGAAAACCCAAAGGUUGUAUGGGGGGUUGGUUUUUUUUUAUAGGUGAUGUAAAUAUGUUUUACCUCCCCGAAACCAAUCAGUUUUAAGGCCACUAAUAUCUGAAUCGUCCAACGUUUAGUUGAUCUAAACAAUCAUGAACCAAUCGUUCCGAAUUCACACAAUAUCUUUUGGUCGUAAGAUAUUCCAGAACAGCGAGAACAGAACUUUCAUGAGUUAAAUUAAAUAUUAAUAAAAUUGAACACAAGUAAAAUAAAAAAUAAAUAUGUAAUACCUUAGACAAGCAGAAACAAAUGUCUACUAGUAUAAAGUAACUUGCUUAUCUGUUGAAGCUGUAUAUUGCUCGAGGAAGAAAUCCAGUGAAGCCAGUAUCUUAUUUUUAAUGGUUUCUUAGUCUUAGAUUUACGUUGUGUUCAUGAGUCAUUCAGUAUGCGAUGUGGACAAUUAUUAUUGUGUAAAUAAUUAUGUUGAAUA